UCGGACCCGCGCCCCUGCCCCGGGCCGCCGUCGGUGGGCAGCGCCCGCUCCAGCGUGUCCAGUCUCGGCUCCCGCGGCUCGGCCGGCGCCUACGCCGACCUGCUCCUGCCCGGCGCCGGCCCGGCGCCGGCUCGCUCCCCGGAGCCUGCGGGGCCGGCCCCCUUCCCCCUGCCUUCGCUGCAGCUGCCCGCGGGCCGGGAGGGCGGCCCGAGCGCGGCGGAGCGACGGCUGGAGGCGCUAACCCGCGAGCUGGAGCGGGCGCUGGAGGCGCGCACGGCGCGGGACUACUUCGGUAUUUGCAUCAAGUGUGGGCUUGGCAUCUACGGGGCAAGGCAGGCAUGCCAGGCAAUGGGGAGCCUGUAUCACACAGAUUGCUUCACCUGCGACUCCUGUGGGAGACGACUUCGAGGGAAGGCGUUCUACAACGUGGGUGAGAAAGUGUACUGCCAGGAGGACUUCCUGUACUCUGGGUUCCAGCAAACAGCCGACAAGUGUAGUGUGUGUGGACACCUCAUCAUGGAGAUGAUCCUGCAGGCCCUCGGGAAGUCCUACCACCCAGGCUGCUUCCGGUGCUCAGUGUGUAACGAGUGCCUGGACGGGGUGCCCUUCACUGUGGAUGUGGAGAACAACAUCUACUGCGUCAGAGACUAUCACACGGUUUUUGCACCGAAAUGUGCCUCCUGUGCCCGUCCUAUCCUCCCUGCACAGGGCUGUGAGACAACCAUCCGUGUGGUGUCCAUGGACAGAGACUACCAUGUGGAGUGUUACCACUGUGAGGACUGCGGGCUGCAGCUGAGUGGGGAGGAUGGACGCCGCUGCUACCCCCUGGACGGCCACCUGCUGUGCCGCCGCUGCCACCUGCGGCGCCUCAGGCCCGGGCCCCUCCCCUCACCUGCGGUGCACGUCACGGAGCUCUGAGCCGGGAAAGGAGCCCACGCUGUGGACCCGCGUGCGUGCGUGCGUGCGACAGAGAGCGCCCCGGGGCGGGACGGGUGACCCGGUCGGCGUCGGAGCUCUGUGUCCCACGGGGGGCGCCGCUGCCGCGCUUCCGCCUCACCCCCACCCACGUGCCACCAAGCUGCUGUCCGAGGGGCCGGCCCCGCGGCGUAGCUGCUUCUAUUUAUUCACCGUCUGUGCCUCCUCCGGCCGCUCCCUUCCUUCCAGCCCCUACCCCCUCGCCCGCCCCCCACCCCCCACGCCGGCCUUGCGUUCCCGGGGCUGCUGCGCGCCGCGGCCCCGGGCGGGCUCCCAGACCGCCGUGGGGCACCAGCUGAGGACGCCGCCGCCUUCGCCUUCGCGAGCAGGGGCGCGGGCCGCCUUCUUCCUCCUCCUCGCACUGGCCUGGGGGCGGGAGUGUUUCCUUGUUCAAAAGGGGCCCCGCCUGAGAUCGCUCCUCGGGGCCAGGGGUGGUCUGGCAGGUGGCGGUUGACGGAGGGCACGCGUGUUUGUGUGUCUCAUAAGCGCCUUUGGUGGGUGGGAAGGGUGUCCUUUUUGGGCGGGGUCACAGGAGAGGGGAGACGAAUGACACCUUUGUGGAGUGGGGCCCUCGAAGGAGCCCUGCCUUUGGCCACCGGGAUUCUGAAGGGUGUUUUCAGCCACAAUCCCGCCCGGGUCUCCCCAUCCCUCCCUCCUGGCUUGGGGUCCGCUUCCCCCUCGGCCCCCCUCCCCUCGCCAUCCUUCAGCCUUGGGAAAAAGAACCUUCUCACGCAAAAUUUCCAGCCACAGGGCUCGGUCGAGAGAGACCACGAGAGGGCGCCCUGUCCCCGUGGCAGGGAGAACACCUGUUGCAGGAAAGCACUCUGUAUCGGGCUCCACGACAAAAGCGUAUGAUUUGACUUAAAUUAAGUUUUUCCUUUGAGAAUAUUUUCAUUUUCUUUAAAAGAAUAUAGUUUUCUUCUAAAAACUUG